AUGGCCUACGAUCCUAUUCAGGAUCGCGGGCGUUACACUAUUGCCCCUUGGAUCAUGGACUCUGGUGUCACGCAUCAUAUUACGUCCGACUUAGCCAACCUCUCACUUCACCAACCUUACACAGGCGGUGAAGAAGUUCUUGUUGGCAACGGAGCUGGUCUUCCCAUCCUUCACACGGGUUCUGCUUCUCUUCCCUCUCUCCAACGUCACUUGUUACUCACUAACGUUCUUCAUGUCCCCAACAUUCAGAAAAACUUGAUCUCCGUUUAUCGGCUUUGCAAUGCAAAUAAUGUGUGUGUUGAAUUUUUCCCGGCUUUUAUUCAGGUGAAGGAUCUCAGCUCGGGGGCCCGGUUGCUCCAAGGACGGACUAGAGAGGAACUUUACGAGUGGCCAAUCCCAUCGAUGGCUCCAGCGGCAUACUUUGCUACACCUACAAUGAAAGCGACUGUUUCCGAUUGUCAUUCGAGGCUUGGUCAUCCGUCUCUCCCUAUUUUAAAAACUCUCUCUUUUAAGCCACCUGCUCCGCCAAUCCCGACCAAUUGGACUCCGUCGCUCUCGCUGAUUCCCAUCUCCACUGCUCCACUCAUAGAGAAUUCUCCUUCUCCUCCUGCGGCUCUUGCGGCUCCCGGCUCUGGUUCUUCACCGAAUCCCUCGCCGUCAGUGAAUGCUCUGCCGUCUCCACCAACUCCUCCUGUCUCGUCCACCGGUGACAGUACUUUGUCUUUGUCACCUCCAUCGCUGGGUUCCCCAACCUCUGAUCGGGAUUCCAAUAUUGUCUCCAACCAUGAAUCUUAUCCCGCUUCUCCAUCGCAAACACAGUCCUUUGCGACAGAAACCAGUGGAUUCCCAAUUCGACAAAGUGACUUGGACUCUCAGCCUCGGCCCACGAACUCAACAGGCCCAAUAAGCGAAUCUGGAUCCACAACAUCCUCAUCUGCUAAUUCCAUCCCAUCAGCCACAACAACUUCAUCUUCGACAACAGAACCACAGCCACCUCCACCAGCUUCUAACAUUCACCCGAUGACAACACGCGCCAAACAUGGGAUUGUGAAACCGAACAACAAGUAUGCACUCACCAUAGCCACCAUUGACGUCGAACCUAAGACAGUCCUUCAAGCUCUUGCUGACGACAAAUGGCGUAAUUCUAUGUCCGACAAAUUCAAUGGCCAACUACGAAACUUCACAUGGUCUUUGGUUCCGCCGGCUCCCCAACAGAACGUCAUUGACAUUAAAUGGAUCAUUAAAAUCAAAUACUUACCUGAUGGCUCUGUUGACAAGCACAAGGCGCGUUUGGUGGAAAAAGGUUACAAUCAGCAGAAAGGCAUUGAUUAUAAUGAAACGUUCAGUCUGGUCAUCAAAUCCACCACGAUACGCAUUGUUCUUCAGACUGCGGUUGCGUGUGAUUAG